AGUAGGUAGUUUGUGGUGGUUGUUACUUGUUUGUGGUUAACCUAAAAAUCGUGCUACUAAUUGCUAAUAGUAAUAAUUAAAGUUUUAAUGUUUUAUUAGAAAAACGUUCUCUGUAAAAUUACAAAAUGCAGUUGCUUCGUGUUCACCGAACAUUUCCUAAAUUAAAACAACUUAUUUCUCGGCGAUAUAGUCAAGCUGUGCAACUUGAAGAGAAUGAAUACACUGAUGCUCCUAUUUAUCCACCGAUAUUAGAUUUGAGCUUACAAGCUAGAAAGCUACGCAAAAGACAAACUAAGUAUCAAAAAAUACAAGAAAUAAAUACUGUUGAAGAAAAACAGAUCGCCCUGAACAUGCCACGAUAUUAUGGGUGGCAAUGCAUAGUGUUAAACGAAAACAAAGUACCAUACAAUGCUAUGCCAUUGGUACAGCAUUAUACAAGAACACAUUUUCAACUGUUGGACAAACUACCUGAUAUAUAUGCCAAAUCUAGCCCCAUCGCUGAUAUUGUCGUGCAAGAAAUAAAGUCCUGUAUUGAAGAAUGUAUUGCUACAGAAAAUGAAGGUGUAGAGCGCAGAAUUGUGACAUCGUUAGAUAAACCUGAACAACAGCAAACAGCAGAUGCUCACACAAAGAACAUAGUGAAACAAAUUAACAGAAUUAUAUUGAAUAAUUUAACAGAUAAAGUUUCACAUAUUUUAUCUUCACAGGUUGAUUAUGAGCCCCGUCAUGAAGCAUUUUGGUUUGUUGGUGGUAUUGACUUACCAUAUGAUGUGCUAAAAUGGAGAAAAAAGCAGAAAUGGUAUAAAGACAGAAUGGAUCAACCCCUCGAUAGACCUGUACAAUAUAUUGGUUCACCAUUACUAACAGUAAGAAAUCACUUGCCUUUAAAACCGAUAAUGCCCUACAAUGAAGCUGAAAAUCCAGAUUUUGAGGUCCCCAAGUUUUCUCACUUUCCUGAAAGUGUUGGAUACUUUACUGAGUUUAGACAUGGAACAAAUAUUCCGGGUUUUUGGCCAGGGGAUUUCGAUGAGUUUGGUCUAAUAUCUUUCCAUGGACGAGGACAUAUUCUUGAUAGAAAAGAAUCAUUUGGGUCAGAAGACAACUUAGAGGCAUUGCACUGUCAAGCUAUCAAAGCUAGCUUUGGAUGGCUGUUGGCUCAAGCUAACUACCAGGGUUUCACAACUUACAAUGACUUGACCUAUCCAUUAGUGACACAAACUGUACUAACUGAUGGGCAUUUGGUAUCUUUGUAUACUUAUCAAUUAAAUACUAUUGUAAUGCACAAUGAUGAAGUUGACACUAACCCAAAAAAUAAUAUUUGUUUUGGAACAAAACCAUUAAAACUAUAUGACACUAUUGAAAAUGGAAAAAUCAAAGGCUUAAAUGAAGAUAUAUUGAAAAUGUUAGUGCAAUUUUACUUAAAUGCCCCAGAAAAACGAGAUCAUGAGAUGAAACCUUAUCUUGGCAAAGAAGAACAGAUUAUUGCUGAUAUAGAAGAUGAUAACAAACGAUGCUGGUUGGAAGCUAGAUACAAACAUUUGGUUGCAAAUCGACCCAAACAUUUCUUAUUACCUGAACUCUAUGACUGGGAAAAGAUUUACAAAAUAAAAUUCAAUACUCGAUUCUUUGAAGCUAGAAGAAGACCAUUCGAGUUUGAUAUCAAUCCAUUCAGAAGGAGAUUGGAUGAACAUCUACCACCUUACAUACCUAAAGUUUUAAGACCAUAUCCAAAAUGCAGAACAAAGUUUGAAAAAACUUACUAUCCUAAUGUAUAAUGUAAUAUUUAUUUUUUUAGUAUGUAGAUCAUAGAUUUGCUUUAAAAUAAAACUAGUAAGAAUUAAUUU